AUGGCCUCCUCGGAUACAAAUAACCCGUCAAGUCCUCCGUUCACACCUCCCAAUCCUAUUCCUCCACGACGAUCAAGCACCGGCCUAAGCAGAAAUAGUGUGCAGAGAGCCGUCGCGGAAACCCUCACAAGUCCCCAAACCUACCAGAGUUUCGCUCAGCCCACCCCGCUCCCCGGUGUUCUCGGACCCGUUGUGGAAACAGACAUCUUUGGCCAGCAAAAGGAACAAGUGCCUCAGAAGGAUCGGCAGCGCGCGCAGAAGAAUCCAACCGUCCCGCUCGCAGUCGCCAUCAUGCAUCAGCAACAGCAGCAGCCCUUGUCCCAGGCCCCCGAUCCCAGCAGAUAUGAACACGAAGACCUCGACUUCACGCCCAAGCGCUCGUGGACUGACGACAAGGAAAAAGUGGUUCGCGCACCUUUUGAUUACGUUGCCAGCCACCCGGGCAAGGAUUUCCGCUCCCAGGUCAUCAAUUCCUUCAACGCCUUUCUCCAGGUUCCGCCCGAACGCCUGAACAUCAUUACCAAAGCCGUGGGCAUGCUCCAUGAAUCGUCGUUGCUCAUCGAUGACGUUCAGGACUCAUCCGAGUUGCGACGAGGCUUUCCCGUCGCCCAUCACAUCUUUGGCGUGCCGCAAACCAUCAACUCGGCAAACUACAUUUACUUUGCCGCGCUCCAGGAACUCCAAAAGCUAAACAACCCCGCCGUCAUCAGCAUGUUUUCUGAUGAGCUGGUCAACCUGCACCGUGGGCAGGGCAUGGAUCUCUUCUGGCGCGAUACGCUCACAUGUCCCAGCGAGGACGACUAUCUCGAAAUGGUGGGCAACAAGACCGGCGGCUUGUUCCGCCUGGGUAUCAAGCUCAUGCAAGCCGAAUCGGCUUCUGGCACGGACUGCAUACCCCUCGUGAACCUCGUAGGCCUCAUCUUCCAAAUCCGCGACGACUACAUGAAUCUGUCUUCCAAGGAAUACAGCAACAACAAGGGCCUCUGCGAAGACCUGACUGAAGGCAAAUUCUCGUUUCCCGUCAUCCACAGCAUCAGAACCAACCCUGGAAACAUGCAGCUCAUUAACAUCCUCAAGCAAAAAACCGCGGAUGUCCAGGUGAAACGCUACGCUGUAGCGUACAUGGAGAGUACCGGUAGUUUCGAGUACACUGAGUCUGUCAUCGCCAUCUUGAUCGCCAGAGCGAGAAGAAUGGCCCAGGAUAUGGACGGAGGAGACGGAAAGUCAAGCGGGGUGCAAAAGAUUUUGGAUAAGAUGGUGAUUCAAGCAAAGUCAAGUUGA